AUGGUGGCCACAGAUUACUUCACAAAAUGGAUUGAGGCCAUACCUACUAAACGGGCAACUAGUAAAAUUGUCAUUGAAUUUUUAAUGGAUAAUGUACUAACAUGGUUUGGUGUGCCUGUGAAAUUGAUAAUGGAUAAUGCUAUGUGCUUCAGAUCAGAGGAAUUCAUAGAGUUUUGUGCUAGUUAUGGAAUUACUAUGUCAUAUUCCUCACCAUAUCACCCACAAGGAAAUGGCCAAGCAGAAUCUAGUAAUAAAAGUCUCCCAAACAUCAUUAAAAAUAUUCUUGAACAAAACAAGAGACCUUGGGAUCAAAAGUUCAAGCUAGAUUUAUGGGCAAAUAGAAUUACUGUAAAGAAGGCCAUUGGUAUAUCUCCAUUUGAACUAGUAUAUGGAAUAUAG